AUGAAGAUCAACGCUGAUGCUGCCAUCAACUACGCCAAAGCCGCGCUCAUCGCCGCCAGAGGUGGUGUGGUGAUCGAUGCCUCUGACGCCAACGCUAUAUACUCUUACAUCUUUUCCAUCUUUGCGAUUGGUGUUGGGUUAGUUCCUGAAGUCGGCCCUCUUCUGGCUGCCUUUACAUCGCUCUUGGGCGCCGUGCUCUUUCCCUCGAAAAAGGAUCCCAACGCCUUGUGGAACCACCUACGCAAACAGAUUGAAACAUUGAUUGGCGCCAAGAUCCAGGAGAGCCAGGUCAAGAUCUUGCAGAAGAAAGUCGUGGGCUUUGCCGCAAAUAUGAAGGCUUUUACCAGCGUCUACAAUGACUAUGAGAAGGCUACUGGGCAUGAAAAGGCACAGAUGGGCCAGACUCUUCGCGAACAUCAUAUUGCCUUUCUUGCAGUUAUACGCGCAGGAAUCCCAGAGUUCCAGGUCGAGGAUUAUGCCGUAGCCGCUCUUCCGCUAUUCACCCAGGCCGCCAACAUGCACCUGACACUCCUAUCUGACGGCAUCAAGCACGGAGUAGAGUGGGGAUGGCCUGAAAACUACGUUAAACACACCCUGCAGGUUGAGUUUGACGAGUUUACAGUCUCCUCUCCUAAGCGCCGCAUCCGAGCUCCGCAUUGCCAAGCCAAGCCGUCGCCGCGACAGCCAUCGCAGCAAGAGGCCCUGAAGAAGUCCAUCGCCACCGGCGAGGCCGCGGGCUGGGACGCCGAGCUCCUCGACACCUGGAGAGAAGCGCUCGAGUUCCAGUCUAACGCGACCGCCCCUGGUAAUGCGACCGCCGGGGCGGGCGCGACUCUGACCUACCCCGCCUACGUCAAGAAGUACUACGAGGAGGGCCGUAAGAAGGUCAAGCCUUAUACGUCGACCAGCAGCGACGAGGGACGCAAGGAGGCUCUACAUGCUCUUGCCCUAUCAGACUACGACACGACCAUGAUCAAGAACGUGCUCACGCCUGCCGAGUUUUGGCCAUAUAUGGCUGGCAAAGAGAUGCCCGAGUCCGCCCAGCUGGCACUCGACCGCGAGAUCUUUUCAGGCCCGUACGGCCGGUACACCAAGGGCGCCACCUGGGACGCCAAGAAGCAGCCUCCCGUGACUGAGCGCGGUGCCAACAUCACAGCCGUCAUGGUGCGCCACUACCAAGAUGUAGACUCUCUCCAAGUGCAGUACGGCGGUCAUUGGGGACCCUUGUUUGGAGACGGCAAGGGUGGCGUCGAGGCUCAGGCCAACUUGGCCUUUGACGAGUAUAUUGAGGCGAUUAAUGUCACGUACGGUCAAAAGAUCGGUCAGCUGACAUUUGGUUCGAAUAAGAAUAAAAGGCAUGGGGGGUAUGGAGCCGCACAGCAUGCGCAUCAAAAGAGCACUGUCAGGCAUCCAGGAUUCGGCUUGACCAGCAUGGUCAUUACUAACUGGGAAGCGCAUGCGCCUCCUGGCUGCGAGGGCGUUAUAUUUGGCUUCAGACCUCUUCUCGGCGCCGGGCCUUGA